UCCUUCCCAUCAAGCCAACUCAAACACUCAUGAUUUCUAUCAGUACUACUAGUAGUAGUAGUAGUACUCUUGAUCAUGUCUUCACUGCACAAAGACACAGGACCAAUGUGCCAAGAUCGGCGGCCUAUGACUGUGCGGUAGUGUUCAACGUAGUCCGGUUCCAGCUCAUAGAAACUAUUCAUCACAGUGCCGUAGCUUCUCUUGUCUGCAUCCCUAACCUUAUCAAAGAAUUCUAUAUGCUCUUUGCCGAUUUUGCCACUGUCAAAGACUUGGGUUUUGAGAAGCUCAACCCGGUGAGGGAUUCCAGGAACCAAGAAAGACUUGGUUUCAGCUGGCAAGGUCUCAUGUGGCUUGUAGUUUUCUAUACUAUCUGUAAGACAAAGAGGAAAGAAGCCGGAUCCGGUGAAGAUGAGCUGAGUUAUGCCAAGCUUGGAUGUGAUGUCAAUGGUCCAUGGGAAGAAGGCAUCAAUGAUAGUGACGUUGGGGUGGAGUUCUUUGAGGAUUUGAUCAAAGGGUUCAGAAAGCAUAAAGACUGCACGUAUGAAGUAAGGUAUGAGGUCUGGUGAAGGGAUGGAGGAGAGGUUUUCACAGCCUUCCGGGAGCCCGGCAGCGGCGGAAGGGAAAGGGAUGAGGGCUAGUUCAAUUGGGGAGUUUGAAAUGAUGGGUUUAACAAUGGAAGUGUUAGCUGGAGUUGUGAGGAUGGUGGUUCUUAUUCCUCGGUUAGCAAAUAACUUGGCCAUGUUGAUCAUGGGGAGCAUGUGGCCUUGUGCCAUGUAUGGAAAGAAGAGGAUGUGAAGGCCUUCUUGGGUUUUGGUUGCCAUGAAUGAAAGAGUGAAGGUGAAAGAGGUGAAGGAGAAGAGUUGAGGCUUGACAGGAAAAAAUAUGUGCUGAAAAUUAAUUAAUAGCACAUUAAUUAUAAUGGAGAAUAUGAGAAAGUGGAAAAUUGCAUGCUGUUGCAAGGGCUUGACCGAGAAUUUUACAAAUAGAUGGUUCGGACGGCAGACAAAAAAGCCGGACUUGAUACUGCUUGAUUGGUAAGCUCAAGCAUAAGAUAUGAUUGCC